AUGGCAACUUAUCCCUACCGGCCUCUAAACCUCCCUAACGAAACCCGCAUCCUCACCGUUCAACCCGGUAACUUUGACGACAAGGUUAUAUGCGGCAUCUCGCACCUCAACCUCCUCUCACCGGACGCGCCGUACGAGGCAUUGAGCUAUUGCUGGAGCAAAAGUAUUGAUGCCGUUAAAGAGAUCGACCCAGAGUCUGAUAUCCCCUGGGCCGUCUACGGCACAGACGACGAUGGCAACAUAGUUUCCGAGUCUGGCACGUCCAAAUGGAAAGACCUGUGCGACCACCCCUACCACGGCGAGCAGUACAUCCGAGGAGGUGGCCGCAUGCCCGAUGCCCCCAUCACAUGUGACGGCGUGGAGAUCAUCGUCGGCGGUGAACUCUUCCGCGCGCUUCGAAGAAUGCGAAGCGAAGAGAGAGGAGAGCCGCUUCGGAUUUGGGUUGACGCGCUGUGUAUCAAUCAGCAGGAUAUCAAGGAGCGGAACGAGCAUGUUCAACUCAUGGGACGGGUGUAUGCUGGUGCGGUAAGGACGCGGGUAUGGCUGGGCGAGUCAACGGAGAUGGACUUCCACGCUAUCCGCACGCUGUAUGCUAUUUCGGAAGUGUUUGACGACAUCUUUGUUAAUCGUAAGGUUGUUGAUAUGGCGAGCGUGGCGAUGCAAGAGGUCCAGUGGCAUUUCCACAACAAUGCAGAUACACGUCGGCUUGACUGGGGGCUCUUGGCUGAUUUGCUGAAUCGGUCAUGGUUCAAACGUACCUGGAUCAUCCAGGAGGUCGUCAACUCUCGCGAGGUCAUGGUUCAUCUUGGACCGAUACAAAUUCCCUGGCACUUUAUGGCGGUCGUCAUGCUCGCUCUAUCAGACUUCAAACUACAGACACUGAUUAGCGAAUGCAAGGGCUUCAAAGCCAUUGGGUUCAUGGAGCAACUCCGCAAAGAACGUGUGGAUGAAGCGGCGAUGUUCACUAACACCCCGCUUCUUACCUUGCUAGAAGAGCUGAGAGACUUUCAAGCGACGAUCCCUAGCGACAAGAUUUACGGGGUGCUUGGCCUCAUCAAUCAGAAGGGAGACUUUAUUGUCGACUAUUCUCAGACUUCCGAAAAGGUAUUCACUGACUUUGCGGUCAAGAACAUAAAGACCGGAUCACUGGAUAUUUUGACUCAUUGUGUUGAGUCGUCGAAGCCAACGACCCUGGAACUUCCGUCUUGGGUGCCUGACUGGACUUGUCCCGGUUGGACUGAGCCGCUCCGCAUCCGUGGGCUGAAGGCCUCGGCUACGGGUGAUAGCAAGCCGAUCAUGCAUAUCGAUGAGGAUACAGGGGUCUUGCAUAUCAAGGGCAGGAUUGUCGAUGUGGUGGCUCAGGUGGAAUGCAAGAGACAGAUUCCUGGGCCGAAUCAGCAAGGCCCGAUGGGAGGCGGCAGCACCGAUGAAGUUGAAAAAGGCGUCGCAGAAAAUCUAGGCAAACCUAGCGACUCAAAGGUCGUAAAGAUGGCAAAGUACGGCGGCCCAAUCUUCAAAUACGAGAAGGAAAACGAUCAGGAUAGAGCGGAUGGUAGCAGGGCUGAGGACGACGUCGAGAGACCCAAGAGCCCCAUUAACGACGCCGAGUACAGACUCAACACAUGGGAAAACCUUUGGCGGACCUUCAUGUGCAACCAAACGCGGGAUCACAAGCGACCUGACGAGGAUUGCGCGAUUGGCUUGGAUAUACACUACAGUAUCGCCUUGGAACCGGGUAAGGGACUUGCUCGCAUUCUCCAGGAGCGGACGGAUCACGAGAUCCAGUUUCACGGGUUGGCGCCGCAGGAUGGCGUUGCGCACUAUAUGAAGGAGAAGGAGAUUGCAGAGAAAUUUAUUGGUGCGCAUUCGAAGUGGACUUAUGAUCGAAGGUUCUUUCGCUCGGAGGAGGGCAGGUUCGGGUGGGCUGUGGAUGGGGUAAGAAAGGGUGACUUGGUUGUUGUGCUGUAUGGGUGUGACUAUCCCAUCAUUGUCCGUGCCGAUGAGCAGAAGAAGUCACGGAUAAUCGGGGACUGUUAUAUCCAUAACCUGAUGGACGGGGAGGCCAUGGAGGAAAGUGCUGCAUUUGCGGAAACCGAGUUUAAUAUUGUGUAG